AUGAAGGAUGAACAUAAUAUUAAAUUCACUGCUCAAGAUUUAUAUGACAAGAAAGCAGACAAAACAGAGCUUCAAACAUUAAAGACAGAAAUACUUCAAACAUUAUAUCCUAUAGGCUCUAUUUAUACGUCAAUGAACUCUACCAGACCAGAAACAGUUCUGGGUUUUGGAACUUGGACUCAAAUAGUCGACAGGUUUUUGUAUUGUGCAAACUCUUCAAAGGAAACAGGUGGAAGUAAAACGAUUUCAGGUGAAAAUUUACCUGCACACAGUCACUACAUAGAUUUAAGUACAUCUCAAGCAGGUUGGCAUAAACAUAAAUUUUGGGAUUGGUCAGCAAUGACAAAAGGUAAAGGAUAUGAUGUUAAAGACAACGUUCAGUUUGCUAUAAAUUGUUUCUGGGGUGACACUCAGGGAGAUGGAAACCAUACACAUCGCGUUUCAGGAUAUACGCAAACAACGGGACAAAGUAAAGACUACAUGCCACCUUACAUGACAGUUUACGCAUGGUAUAGAAAUGCUUAG